UACCUAUGCCGUACAUUAAAUUACAUCCUCUAUAUCUCCCUGAAAUUUUAACUGAAAUUUUCUCAUAUCUUGCUGAAGAUAAAACAUUAUACCUGACCUUAUUCGUCAACUGGUUGUGGCAUUUAUACUCCGCCCCAAUAUUAUGGAAAAAGGCUGAAUUUUCUGGUAACCUUAACAAUACAUGUACGCGGUGGAGAAAAUUUAAACAAGUAAUGUGUGGAAAAUACGCAGAGCGAGGAACGAAGUUCUAUAAACCACAUGCUCCAUUUUUACUUUGA